AUGUCCUUUCCUUUAAAACUAUCACGCACCGAGAAAUGUUUCACCAACACCAACCCUCUGUUCUCUUCCUUUCUUCCUCACUCUUCUUCCAUGGCUUCCAAUAACCUCAAACAUCGACUCACACCGCAUCCAGACACCGCCGCCAAUGACAAAGGGAUGAUCGGAGACAAACGCCAGAAACGAAAGGUGAUGGCCAAACGCGGCCUAAAGUCACUCGCCAUAGCUGUUACCCUCCCUUUCUCUCUCACCGUCUUAUCAGCAUGCAUAGGCUCCUCCAUCGCCGGUGAUCAUUCUCUCUCUACCAGAAGGCCCUUCUGGUUCCCACCCUCCUGGGCCCUGCACUUCACCUGCCCCUCCAUAAGCUUCUUGAUGGGUCUGGCCGCCUGGAUGGUCUGGGCAGAAGGAGGUUUCCACCGAAACCCCAUGGCUCUGUUGUUUUACUUUACUCAACUCCUUUUCGCGGUGCUCUGGGAUCCCCUUGUGUUUGCUGCUGGGGCCACACGGCUCAGCCUGAUGCUCUGUUUAGUGUUAUUCGUGAGCCAGUACGGGUGCAUGCGUGUGUUUCGCUCCGUCAAUCCCAUUGCUGCUGAUUUGAUAAAGCCUUGUCUGGCAUGGGUUGCUUUUCUAUCUAUUGUUGGACGACGAUUUGUGCUCUUUUAUGUUGUUCGAAUGUGAUUGUUGUGUGCUAAAUUUGUAAAUUUGUCGUUUUGCUUUUUCAAAACUUAACGUUUCUCCAACUCAAGUUUCGAGGGAUGUCUACAUAUACAAAUUUCUUUACUUUCUA